UGCCGUGAAUGUGCCUUCGGCGGAGGGCGGUUAGCCAUUCGCCCAGCUCCCUGGCGGAGAAUUGUGGGAUGCCUGAGCAGCCGCCGAAGGAAGGAGGCAGGCGGGCAGCGCGCACACACAAUAUGUGCUGGCUCGCCAAGCGGAGGAAAAGCGCCCAGGCGGCAGGAGGCGCCCCGGCCCCGCGGAAGGGAGCCCGCGGCCCCGUCUGAAGGAGGAGGAGGAGGAGGAGGAGGAGCGGCGGCGGCCGAGGCCGAGGAGGAGGAGGAGGCGGCGGCGGCGGAGGCGGCGGCCUCUCCCGGCCCACGGACGGACGGACGAUCGGCCCGGCGGACAAUGUCUUUCAAAGAGAGCAAGGCGGCGGCGGCGGCGGCGGCGGACCGAGCCAAGCCGAGCGAGGAGCCGGUCCGCAAACUGAGUUCAAGUUGGAUCAACGGCAUGGAGAGCGGCCCGGCGGGUCCCUCGGCCGAGAAGAAAAAUCACCACUGGAAAAGUUACAAGUUGAUUAUUGACCCGGCGCUGAAGAAAGGCCAGCACAAACUCUACCGCUACGAUGGGCAGCACUUCAGCAUUCCUAAUCCCAGUCUGGCCCCCGUGGAGUGCGUGGAGGACCCCAGGAUAGGACGCAUCUGGACCAAAACGAAAGAACUGGAACUCUCCGUCCCAAAAUUUAAGAUUGAUGAGUUUUACGUGGGGCCUGUGCCCCCCAAGCAAGUCACUUUCGCCAAGCUGAACGACAACAUCCGUGAAAACUUCCUGACCGACAUGUGCAAAAAAUACGGCGAGGUGGAAGAAGUGGAGAUUUUGUACAACCCCAAGAACAGGAAGCACCUGGGCAUCGCCAAAGUCAUCUUUGCCACCGUCAAAGGUGCCCGGGAAGCUGUUCAGCACCUGCACAACACUUCCGUCAUGGGGAAUAUCAUCCACGUGCAGCUGGAUACAAAAGGUGAGAAGCGCAUGCAUUUUUAUGAGCUCCUUGUGAACGGGCUCUACACUCCGCAGACUUUGCCAGUGGAGACUGAACAAGACGCGUCCCCCACCCUCAGUGAGACCCUGCAGCUGGCCGACACUCUGAAACGGCUCAAGGACAGCGGUCUUUCUUCAGCAGGAUCCUCCACCACCCCAAACAGCAGCACCCCAUUUUCCCACGACACGGCCUUUUCCAGUUGUCGACAGGACACCCCCAACUCCUACAGCCAGUUCACCCCCCAGUCCCAAGGAACGCCUCUGACCCCACGCCUGGGGACCCCCUUUUCCCAAGACUCCGCCUACUCUAGUCGACAGACCACGCCGGCCUACCAUUUCGGACAGGACUCCGGCUACAAACCCCGGAGGCAUGAAACAAAAUUCACGGAUGCUUAUAACCGCCGUCUGGGCCACCACUACGUGCAUAACUCAGCCGGGACUUUCCGAAGCUCCGAGCAUCAGUUCGGCGCCUUCAAGUCCCAUCAACCGGAAACAGUGCAAUAUCCCCAGGCGUCCCCCGUGAGUCACUCAGGUGCUUCGACAUACAAAUCCGCCUUCUCCCCCUACCAAGCCCCAGCCACGUACUCCCAGCCCGAAGAGCCCCAAUUUUCUCAAACGUCCCGGGAAGUGGAAUACCGGCGGCCCCCACCCCCACCUCCCGCCGAGGUGACCGUCGAAAGUAGCCCAGCUCCUCCUGCGGAAUUUGUUCCUGCAAAGGACAAACCAGAGGAGCCCCCUCCUCUUCCUCCUCCACCGCCCCCGGAGCCCGACAGUCUCAACGAGCCCUCCGUUGGGCCGUCCUUCGGCCAGACUCCAGAAGGGAGCGAGACGCCCGGCACCCCAACUGUAGAAUCGGAAAGUCAGCCUAACAGUUUGGACUCCAGGAUCGAAAUGCUUUUAAAAGAGCAGAGAACAAAACUCUAUUUUCUCAAUGAGCACGACUCGGACAAUGAGAUACGAAUGGAAGGCAGUCCCAUUUCUUCGUCCUCUUCCCAGCUUUCCCCGAUCCCGAACUCGCAGCCCAGCUAUCGAGCGCAAACCCCUUCCUCGCGUCCUUCCAGCACCGGCUUGGAAGACAUUAGCCCGACCCCGUUGCCCGAUUCGGAUGACGACGAGCCCAUCUUCGGGGUAGCUUCCGCCUGCCAGAACUCAAGAGGGGCAGCCGAGGCGAGCGUCACACCUGUGGACCAGCUGAACAGGACCUCCCAAUCGGAGCCCUUGGAGACUAAAGAAACGCAGCCGGCUAGCAGCAGCCCUGUGCCGGAAAAAAUGGAAGAGUGUCAUCAAUCUUCAGGGGAAGACAUGGAGAUCUCGGAUGACGAGAUGAGCGAAUCGCCCAACGCGGAAUGUGCCAAGAACAUUGUGGUGAACACCUCCAUUGGCGGCACCUCUGUGAUGACCUCCUCCAUCCCGAUGCCUCCGCCCGGCUUUCCUCCGCUGCCGCCACCUCCGCCUCCCCAGACGGUCUUCCCGAUGCCUCCUCCUCUUCCUCCCCCACCUCCGCCCACCCACCCAACCGUCCCCCCUCCGCCCCUGCCGACCCCUCCAGGGGUCCCUCCCCCUCACAUCUUGCCCCCUCUCCCUCCCUUCCAUCCCGGGAUGUUUCCUCUGAUGCAGAUGGACAUGAUCAGCGUCCUGGGCAACCAGUGGGGGGGCCUGUCCAUGUCUUUCCAAAUGCAAACCCAGAUGCUCAGCCGCCUGAUGCAAGGGCAGAACAGCUACCAGUAUCCACCCUUCAUGAGCAACCGGAUGCAGUUUGUGAACCUCCCUCCCUACCGGCAUUUCUCCAUGGGGGCAGCUAUGAACCGGGGUCAGCAGUGGCCCCCUAUGCCCAGGUUUGACCCCUCCGUCCCCCCUCCGGGUUACGAGCCCAAGAAGGAAGAUCCGCACAAGGCCACGGUGGACGGCGUCCUCUUGGUGAUCGUGAAGGAACUCAAAGCAAUAAUGAAAAGGGAUUUGAACAAGAAGAUGGUGGAAGUGGUGGCAUUCCGGGCGUUUGACGAUUGGUGGGACAAGAAAGAACGUCUUGCUAAGGCGUCUUUGACCCCGGUAAAAUCUGGGGACCAUAAAGAUGAGGAGAAGCCGAAACCAAAGGACCGCAUCACCUCCUGUCUUCUGGAGAACUGGAAUAAAGGAGAAGGGUUGGGCUACGAAGGGAUCGGCUUGGGCAUCGGGCUGCGAGGGGCCAUCCGGUUACCAUCUUUCAAGGUGAAGAGAAAGGAACCACCUGAAGCUGCCUCAGCUGGAGACCAGAAGCGGAUUCGGCCAUCUACCUCCGUAGAUGAUGAAGAUGAAGAAUCCGAACGAGAUCGAGACCUGCCCGAUGCAGCCUUGGAGCUCUCCAGGAAAGAUCCGGAAGCUGUGGGCCUCCGAAGAAGACCUGCCAGGCCAUUGGAGCUGGACAGCGAAGGAGAGGAGGAAGACUCCGGCAAGGAAGAGGAAGAAGAGGAGGAGGAAUCCUCUUCGGAAAAAGAGGCAGAACGGGAGGAAGAGGAAGGGGUGAUGAAAUCCGUGUCCGAUAAGGAAGAGGAGGAAGAGGAAGAUGUCAACGAAGAAGAGGAGGAGGAAGAAGAGGAGGAGGAAGAAGAAGAAGAAACCGAAGCACAGAUCAGUGAAAAGGAAGAGGAUCAAGAUUCUGAAGAAGCAGAAGAUCUAGGAAGUCCUGCCUCUUCCAGAGCAGAACUUGAGUCGUCCGAUGAAAGUGAGGAAUCAUCAGACUUCGGGACAAGUUCUGAUUCUGAUGAUGAAGACGAAGAAGAGGAGGAGGAGGAAGAAGAGGAGGAGGAAGAAGAAGAAGAAGAGCAGGAGGAGGGUGAAAAUUACGAGGAGCAGAUGGAGGAUGAUGAGGGGGUCUCUUUAUCGCAUGAGAGGGAGACCUUGCCUGCUGAACUGGGCCUCGAGUCUCUCGCUCCAGGGCCUGAAGAUGAGGAUGAAAAAGAGACCAUCUUGGAACUCUUUCCGGUGGAGGAGGACUACAUCCCCCUAGGCCUGGCAGAACCUUCGGCUCCAGAAGGAGAAGAGAUGAAAGAAGACACCAGGCCAGCAGAAGAGCAGGACCAGGAGAUUCCCGAGGAGUCCUUGGCUGCCGAUGUGCUGGUGGUGAUCGAGAGAGCUCAGGAGCAGAAGCUCCGGCUAUCUCCAGUGUGUAUGACAGUGGAGGAGUCUGAACCAGACGUCGAACUGGAGCCUGAGAUGCUGGACGGUCCAAAACCAGACGCCCAGGAGGGUGAAGGCCUCCGUCCUCCAACCCCGGUGGAACUCUUUGGAGAAGUCUUGUCCAACAAGACCUCCUUUUUCACUAAGCCCAAUGACAGCACUUUAGAAAUCCAAGCAAAAGGCAAAUCGCCCUGCGUAGCUGAGGAGGAGGAGGAGGAAGAAGAGGAAGAGGAAGAGGACCAGCUUCCUCGGACUCCCGGGAGGGAAGUGGUGACUCCCAUGGAGUCCACAGGGCUUCCUUUCACCGCCAUGCCGCCCUGCUCGCUUCCCCUGCCCUCUUCCGUCGCACCUCACAAAGAGGAAUACUUGCUCCUUCCGGACAAGUUCCCUGAUCACUUAGCCCCAAGCAAGACAGCACUAGAGGAGGAGCUGCCCCGGACGCCGGGCCGGGACAUUUUAGCCAAGUGUUCCCACAGCCUCUCCAAGUCCCACAGCACGGACACCAUCCCCGCCACGCCGGGGAGCGAGGCGCCUCUCACCGGAAGCAGCUUGACUCUGAGUUCUCCUCCGGUGCCAGGCAGCCCUUUCUCGUACCCGUCCCAAUCCCCCAGCAUCAACAGCGGGGGCAUUCCCCGGACCCCUGGGCGGGAUUUCACCUUCACGCCUACGUUCCCCGAGCCUGGUGCUACUGCCCUCCCUUGCCUUCUGUCGAGCAAGAAGCCGUCGGAGGACGAGCCCGACGAGAAAGUCUUCAAAGAACCUCUCGGGGCUUCCUUGUUGGCUGGCGUGAACAGCGUGCCCUCCCCCAUCCCCUUUGCCAGCCCCCCCGUGCCAGCUUUUCACACCCAUUUGGACUUAGCGCCCGGCCAGCCUCUCACGGUUCGUCCUUGCCUGUUCACGGACUCCAAGAUGGCGCUAGAGGAGUGCGGUCCGGACACAAGGUCCAUCUUACCUUUCCCGGACAUCCCCAUGGCUUCGCCCCCUCUCCCUCCGCCCAGCCCCUCUUCCGUCCUCCCCAUCAAAAGGAAACCGGGCCGGCCGAAACGAGCUUCUCCUUUAGGACCCAUGUUGGAGGCCUAUUCGGACAAGCCCGUAGAGGCUCCACCUCUGCUUCCCAUCCCGGUGGCCUUGACAGAAAGUCCUGUGAACAAAGAGCUAUUCGGUAGCCAUCCCGAGGGCUUCUAUGCCCUCAAAGAUCCGGAAGCGGUCACCUUGGACUUCCGGAACGACGGUUUCCACGAGAAGCUGCCUCCCGACGUCCUGAUGGAGAAGCUCCCUUUCAAGGAGCUGGAGAACCAGUGGAACGAGGACUUCAAAGAAGAAGAAGGCUACCUGAAAGCCAAAAGGCAGCAGUGGAGGCGGCAGAAGAAGAGGCCCGACGACGUCCCGCAGAUCCCUUCUCCCGACUAUUCCCCCCCUCGGUUCCACUUCCGGCCCCGCUCCGAGUUCGAGGAGAUGACCAUUCUGUACGACAUCUGGAACGGAGGGAUCGACGAAGAGGACAUCCAGUUCCUCUGCGUCACCUACGAUCACCUGUUGCAGCAAGACAACGGCAUGGACUGGCUGAACGACACGCUGUGGGUGUACCAUCCUCCAACCAGCUUUUUCACCCCAAAGAAGAAGAAACGGGACGAUGGGAUGCGGGAACACGUCACCGGCUGCGCCCGAAGUGAAGGCUAUUACAAAAUCGACAAGAAGGACAAGCUGAAAUACCUCAAUAACAGCCGAGCGUUUGCAGAAGACCCUCCCACCGAUACGCAGGGAAUGAGCAUCCCUGCUCAGCUCCACGUUUCCACCCGGGCCGGCUCCGAGCGGAGGUCCGAACAGCGCAGGCUCCUCUCGUCCUUCACUGGCAGCUGCGACAGCGACUUGCUCAAAUUCAACCAGCUCAAGUUCCGGAAGAAGAAGCUAAAAUUCUGCAAGAGUCACAUUCACGACUGGGGGCUCUUUGCCAUGGAGCCCAUUGCUGCCGACGAGAUGGUGAUCGAGUACGUGGGCCAAAAUAUCCGACAGGUCAUUGCUGACAUGCGAGAGAAGCGGUAUGAAGACGAAGGCAUUGGGAGCAGCUACAUGUUCCGAGUGGACCACGACACAAUCAUUGAUGCAACCAAGUGCGGAAACUUCGCCCGCUUCAUCAACCACAGUUGCAACCCCAACUGCUACGCGAAGGUCAUCACGGUGGAGUCGCAGAAGAAGAUCGUCAUCUACUCCAAGCAGCACAUCAGCGUGAACGAGGAAAUCACCUACGACUACAAGUUCCCCAUCGAGGACGUCAAGAUCCCCUGCUUGUGUGGCUCCGAGAACUGUCGAGGGACCCUGAAUUAAGAAAAGAAAAACCCAGUUGUGGGCCACGCAUCGGCGGCCUCCAGACUGCGGAAACCGAGGGCGUUUGGUUGCACUUUUGCCAAAAAAGGAGGGGGAAAAAAUGAAACCAAGUAGGGAAAGAAAAGAAAAAUGGGAGAGUGAAAAAAAAAUCCCAACCCGCUGGGCACGUCCUCUCCUUCCCGAAGGAGACACGCAAGUUUCAGACACGCACACUAGGACUUUUAUUGCUGCAGGUGCUUUUCAUCCAAUUUUCAUCCAGUUCCUCGUCUUCUCCUGAGUUGUUCCGACAUCAAAACACUAUUAUUUUUUUAAAAAACUCCCUGCCCACCUGCUCCGCAUCAGCCUAACUCCAGUUGGGGUACAGCAAGGUAUUUUGUCUUUUCGUUAAAAACAUGACUUUCUUCAUAAGAUGCUGCUACUUUUCCUCCUUCAUUUACAGGUGUAGGUGGUGGGGGCUCUUGGAGAGAGGCGGGGGCCCAAGCCAGGAUUUUUCGAAGGUUGAAAUGCAUCCAGCGGAGGCGGAGAGCGGGAUUCAAAAGGGGAGGAGCCAUACAUGCGAUGUGGGGUUGCAGGUAGCCGAAGCUCUUAAGGAAUGUCCAGGUGAACAGUGGGCCAUGGAGUAUGGGGGGGGGGUCUCAUCCCACCAACUUCUGAAGUCAAAGAAAUCGGAGCUCUGAAAUCCUCACUCGCUCGUGAACGUCCCAGGUAUAGGAUCAAGAGCAUCCUAGCCUCUUGUUUUGAAAAACAGAGAUUUUUAGAUCCUUUCGUCCCUCACCAGCCUAGCCGUGCCUGAUGGUUUUGAAAGCAGAGAAGGUCCCUCCCUCUUCGGGCAGUGUCCACCAGGCCCUGCUGCCUUCUGUGGGGCAGAAGGAGGACAGCUGUCCCCUCCCAAGGAAUAGAGGAGACAAGGUGGACUCAGAACCCCAGAGCAAAAACUGCCGUUUCCUCUCUUGGGGGUCCCUCUCAAGCAGGUUAGUCUUGGUAGUCUAGGAGGACCAAGGUCUUUCUGGGUGGCUAAACUGGCUUGGUAGAGGUCAGUUGGGCAUGCUGGCUCUGUCCUCGUUGUACCACCACUUACCACUCCAGCAGGGCUGUGAGAGCAAAGGCUCUUCAAAUCAAACUUUGGCUGCCCACCACCAACGGGGUCUCCAAGGCGGUCCUUGUAUAGCAAGCCAAGCAGGCUCAAGCAUCAGAGAAGUGGAUGCCUCUCUAGGACGGUAGCCGGGUGAGGUGCUGAAGGGUUGACUUUCAAAUCUGGUCUGGGGGGUUGUUAAAAUUCAAAUUGAGGAGCAAAUCUUGGGUUCUGUGGCACCUCUCGGCCUCUGGUUACAUUUUCGGGCCCUGCUGAAAAACCCAUCAAUUACUGGAUUAAAAACAGAGGCCAGCAGAGGUUGCCUAAAAAUUAUUUUUAGAGAUACCCCUCACCCCUUUCCUUCCCCCCACAAACCGGUGGCUUAGCCUCCAUUGGCUUCUGUGUUCUGCUCUCUUUAGGUUGGUAGGACGUGGCUAGCCCACCCGUUCUUCGGGAUGCUCCUUAAUCGAUCGGCGUGGCAGCUGGCUUCUGUGGCUUGUGGCCUAAAGAGGUGGACAGGAAGAGGCAGGAGGAGCCUCAGUUCAGCUCCUUAACCUGUAGAGGUGGUCCUCCUUGACCUCCACGGUGGAGAAGUUGGGUUUGCUCAAGGAGGAAGGAGAGCAGGUCCUGCUCUGUUUCUCUUCCCUGCCGUCUCCCCGUUUCUCCUCAGGCUUCUCAGUCAUUUGAUGCCUCCCAUUGUAGACAAACCCAAGGUCUUUGCUUCCCAUCAUUCAGUCCAGGUAACUGCGGUCCGUCAUUGGUUCCCUUUCAUGCUGUGAAUGUAAACCCACUGGGGAAUUCUCCACACAGGCACAAUCCUGAAAUGUUAUGUAGCAGCUUGUGCAGGAAAAGCUUCCUUGUGACCUCUCUCUCUCGCGCGUCUACGGACUUCCUCUCUUCCUUCCCCCCCACCCCCCAUUUUUUUUUUCUUCCUAAGUGCAAAAUGAAAUACAGGAAAAAAAUGUUAUCCUAGGUUUGUUUGCUGUCACUUAGAUUCCCGCUGGUUAGUCUCAGCCACGAUUGGGCGCAGGAGGAAGAGAAUGGGGAGAGCCGAAGGCUUGUCCGAAGCGUUGAGAUACGUGGAAUCCUAGAGCUGCAAGGUUCUCCGCCUCUCAUCGUGGUUAAGUUUUCUUCUCCCGAAAAGAAUUGGAUUCCAGCAAAAUCCUCUUCCAUCCUAAAUAAAGGAAGCGGGGUGUGUGUGUGUGUUAGUGACAGCUGAAAGGGGCCCAGCUGGGACCAUAGACAGGUCCUCCAGCUCUCCUUCUCUUGGCUGGAUCUCCAAGAAGAACGCCAUCGCUUGGAGAACGUGGCCACCUCUCCUCUCUCCUCACGUGGCCUGAGAAGACCAAACUCCUCUUAGCUUGACCUCUCAUGCCACGCUUCCUUGGGAAACCCCCUCCCUGAUUUUGAGUCCCAGACCGCCUAGCUAAGCUAGCUUUCGGACAUUCAACCCGACCCUCGGUUUCCGAGCUUGAGGUUCCUUCUUGGGAAUCCAACAGUCAAUCCUGAAAGCUGUUUUAUCUCAUCCAAAACAGCUUCUUUCUACCGUGGGAGGUGGGGAGGUUGAGGGGGGGGGGUGUCCCAUUUUAAAACUGAUGAAAUAUUAUUAUUUCAGUUUUGUCUUCUAAUUCUUUUUUUUUUUUUUCGACCUAUUUUCAGGGAUCAUUUCAGUGCAUUUCUGUAUAAAGUUUUGUUUUGUUUUUAAAGAAAACCCGUGGCGGGGGUGUGUGGUUGGGGUUAAAAUGAAAUUUUGAAGUUUAAAACGGACACAUCACCUGUACAUAGGGCAUCCUUUCCGAGUCUUCUCUUCGAAACCCUUGUUUCUUGUAGAAACACGUCGUUUUUAUUUGGAGGAGUGGGGUGUGGUGGGGUGUCGUUUUUGUUUCGUUCAAUUUUUUGUUUGUUUGUUGGGGGCUGUUUUAUUUGUACUUUAAAAGCAUGUAAAUAAUUUGUUAAAGUGACAAAUAGUAGUUUGGAGUUCUUUUUUUAAAGAAAAACAAAAAAAAGCAAAAUCGCCAGCAGAAGACCUCAAUGAGAGAGUCAGCGUCUUGGGGUGGGGGUGGGGGGGCCGGAGAGGGGUGGGUUGUCCCAGGAGUGAAAAGCUGGCGCUGUUUUACAGCUUGUGUCAAGCUAUGUAUAAUGUAAAUUCUGUACAAAAUCUCAACCUUUUUUUGGGGUCAAAUGCGUAGAUCAAACUAGAAGCAUUAAGACGCUGAAGAUUUAAAAAAAAAAAAAACGAAAUGCCAAGAUGAGGCUUUUUUUUUAUUUGCCUUUCUGAUAAUCUUAAUGUGCAAAAAAAAUCUAUUUAUUUCAAACGAAGAAAAUGUGUACAGUCUAUUAAUGACAACCUAAAAUGUAUUUAAGCCGAUCCACAAGUUUUGUUUUGUUUCUUAUUUCUUUUUGCAAAUUAAAUUCUUCUUCUUCUUCUAUUUUAUAAUGUUCCUUCUCAACUACCAAGCUAGUAUUUGUAGAAGUGACAUGGAAAGAAAUAUAUUUACAGCCGAAUGGGGCCGAGCUUCUGAAGUGCUUCAUUGCACACGCGCAACUCGGUGUGAGCUGCAGGAUCGCACCCGUCAGCCAAGAAGGCUGUGUACGGUCAGAGGCAGGUUGGGUGGGGGUCUCCCUUUCUCGCUGCAGCUGCACAAAUGAGGCAAGGGUUUGAGGGUGGGAAGAAGCACUCUAAAUUGGGGGAGGGUCUCUUGGUCUUGCAAUGGAAAACGGAGGAAAAGACCUCCGUUGUUCCCAAUUUCCGAUUCUGUAAAAAGACCAAUUUUUAAUUUGCAGUGUGAAAAAAACAACAACCUUCUUUAAAAAGAGGGGAUUUUUUAAAAAAAAAAUGGUUUGCAGUAAACGACCUAUAUUUUUUAUGUUCCUUUCAAUAAAUAAACAAAGAAAUAAAUGAAUUUGGAAUCUCUGCUUUGGAGAUUGAGGAUUUUUUAAAGGAAAACGUUCUGUUCCCUUUUGUUUUAAACAACUGUGUAGAAAAAUAAAAACCAAUCCUGUAGUUUCUGUGCAUCUAGGUUUCUGUCAUCAGUUCUUUGUUUUGAAGAAUGUGGUUUGGGUUUUCUUUUCUUUUUGUUUUGGUUUUUUUUCCUCCUUUUUGUUUUGCUUUGUUGUGGGUGUGUCAUUCUGUAAAUAUUUGUUCAUAUUUUUUUGUGAAUUGAAUACUAUGUACCAUUGUAUUAUAGUAACUUUUAUAAAGCAAACCAUAAAUAUACUGACUUUUCUUAUAGAA